AUGUCAUUUGGCCGGGCUGGAAAGUUUCAGAGACGUCGAGAUUCUGAGUAUGUUUCACCAGAUCAAGUUUAUACAACAGACACAUCAGCCAAUACAUUUGAACCGGGCACUGGUGCGGAGUAUAUGGCCCGUACGAGGGGCACAGUGAAUCAUGGUGGUAAUGCACCGGGUAAUAUUUUGACGAGUAAUGCGUUCAGUACUGAUCCACAUCCGGUCACUUUUCGCAAACAGAGAAGUACCAAAACUGCUCUGAUUGUGGCUCUAAUCCUUUGUUGUGUCCUAAUCACGUUGUUAAUUGUUGCGAUUAUCGUGCUUCUCGCGCUCAAAGUGUUUGUGUUCAAUUCGAAUGACGCAAACAAUGAAACGAGCGUAUCGCCUACUCGGCCAAUAAUCGCCACACUAUAUCCUUUAACCCGCAUAUCAUCGUCGACCAGGUCACAUCCUCAGAUCACUACCUCUCCGACCCCGUAUCCGAAUAAAUCAACAACAUCCACAACACCGCUGAUAACGCUUUCACCGAUUGUUGGCGAAUUCAACCAACGAAACUUCUUCUGCAUGAUGCAACUUCUUGAACAGGCAAAUGCGGCAUACAAUGAUCGCAAUCACUAUCAGUACAUACAAGCCAUGCAAAUGAUUGUUCGUGCUCUUAAAACUACCUUAAGUCAGUCAACACUUGGUCAAUACCUAACUGGUGUUUCGGUGAAUACUCUCGAGAACAGCGUGGAUCUGAACGUACCGUCGCAAAGUGGAAUCGAUGCAGACAUCGUACAUAAUGUGUUACUCAGUGAUCUAGCUGAACUCGAGCAGCACCUCAAUGCGGUGCACAUCGAUCGGAAUAGCGUCUAUGUGAAACAGUCAUGA